GAAAAUAAAUAAAACCAUUAAAACUAAGGUUGAUCAAAGAGUGACAAAAUCUGAAAAACUUCCAGUCGAAGAAGAUAUAUCCUUCGAAGAGAAGCUUAAUCAACGUUUUCAGAGGAAAACUAUUACUCAAUUUAAAUGCCUUGACUGGUCUACAGUACCAACUAGUGAAAUGAAACGAUUGGAAACAAAAGCGGAGAUGCCAAAAAAUCUUUUAAUCCAAUCACAGUUAUAG